AUGGUUAAAUCAAACAUUGUCCUAGACGAUAGGGAACAGACGAUCCGUAACCUCUUGGUGAACUUUUGUGACAGUUAUAAUUCCAAGGUCUCUGCGGAUGACAAGUUGGAAUUGAGAAUAACAGGUGGAUGGGUGAGGGAUAAACUUCUCGGACAAGAGAGUCACGACCUUGAUAUAGCUAUAAACGUGCUCUCAGGAGAAGACUUUGCAUCUAGGUUACUCGAAUACACCGAACAACAAGGCAUAGACUUGGGCAGAAACUCCACAAGUCUUCAUACCAUCAAGAAGAACCCAGAAAAGUCAAAGCAUUUGGAAACUUGCACAGCAAAGCUCUUUGGCUUGGACAUAGACUUUGUCAACCUCAGAAGUGAAAAAUAUACGGAAGACAGCAGGGUACCCAUUAUCGAUUGUGGAACUGCGGAAGAGGAUGCUUUAAGGCGUGAUGCGACACUCAAUGCCCUCUUUUACAAUCUUAAUAAGAGCGAAGUUGAAGAUUUCACUGGAAGAGGUAUAGAGGACCUCAAGAAUGGCGUGCUCAGAACGCCGUUGCAGCCUUUUCAGACAUUCAUGGACGAUCCUUUAAGAGUGUUGAGACUUAUCAGAUUUGCUUCCCGCUUUAAUUUUACCAUUGACGCUGAAGCCAUCGAAGCUAUGAAGGACGCCAAUAUCAGAAGCUCUUUGAUCCAUAAGAUAAGUAGGGAGCGCGUUGGUGUUGAGACAGACAAGACUCUCACCGGAAACAAUCCUAGCUAUGGUCUUCGCUUGACAAAUCAUGUUGGUUUCAGCAACAGCAUUUUCAACCCUGGCACCCUCAGAAGCACUAUCGAAGAGCUCAAUCCGGACGCAAUUCAGCAGAUUGAUCAUUUGGACCUGAAGGUGUCUUUACGUAUAGACGCUGCAACACAAUACCUUCACUCGUUCGUGGAUUCCAUCAAACACUCAUCUGAGGCACCUUUGUUGCAAAGUGUCUACGAGCUGAUACUAAACGAUAAAGCUGCAACUAGAGCUUUGUGGCUCUCCUUGAUUCUCGAGCCCUACAGUGAGAUUUCUGUCAAGCUCAAUGCACGCAAGCAGGCAGUCACCCACUAUCCUGAAGUUAUUCUCAAGGAAGGUCUCAGGCUCGGUAAGCACGAUUACGAUACUGUUAGUAAUAUCUUGAAAAACUCCAGUGGGGUUACCACUUUCGACAAAUAUUUCGAGAAUCCAGCUUCCAUCAGUCGUUCAGACCUUGGUUUGUACAUGCGCCAGUACGGUGAGCAUUUCAAGCUAUACAUCGCCUUUGGUGCUUUCAGUGAUUACCUCGAUGGUUUGGAAAUCGUGGACCUCACCGGGGAGACCCCAACUCCAGAGGGCAUCAACGCACCUUUGGAUGAAGACAAAUUCAGAGAAACUGUCUUCCAAUACGAGAGUCUAUUGGAGACCAUAAGAGAUAAAGGGUUAGAGGAUGUGGCUCACUUGAAACCCAUUGUGGACGGAAAAAGAAUUUCUAAAGAGCUCGACAAAAAGCCAGGCCCAUGGAUGAGAGAAGUCACCGAUGAGGUAAUGAAGUGGCAGCUAGACCAUCCUCAGGCAACCCCAGAGGAAUGCAUCGAGCACAUUCGCCAGUACGUCUACUCAAUGGCUCAGGUAGAAAAGGUGAAGAUCCUCGGAACCGACUCCAUUCAUGUGGGGUACGGGAUCCAGGACCAUAUUGUGAAGGAGACUCUCUCCAACCUAGCUACAUCUACCUAUGUUAUCGUCACUGAUGAGAAUAUGGAGAAGACUGCCCCAUUCCAGAAAUUGAGGGCUUCUUUUGAGUCACAAAUCAAGGAACAGAGACCUGACCUGAGACUUCUUACAUAUGCUGUGUCGCCCGGUGAAAACAACAAAUCCCGUGAGACCAAAGCCAAAGUGGAAGACUUCCUCUUAUUAAGUGGAUGCACGAGAGAUACCGUCAUUUUGGCUGUGGGUGGUGGUGUUGUGGGUGACAUGAUUGGCUUCGUGGCUGCUACGUUCAUGAGAGGUGUUCGUGUUGUCCAGGUUCCCACGACAUUGCUUGCAAUGGUGGAUUCUGCUGUGGGUGGAAAGACUGCCAUUGAUACACCUUUGGGUAAGAACUUCAUUGGUGCUUUCCAUCAGCCUAAAUAUGUCUUUGUCGAUGUGUCUUUCUUGGAAACGUUGCCUACGAGGCAGUUUAUCAAUGGUAUGGCAGAGGUGGUGAAGACCGCUGCUAUCUGGGACGAACCUGAGUUCACAAGACUUGAGAACUUUGCACCUACCUUCUUGAAGGUCGUCAGCUCCGACUCUAUUGAUCUCAAGGAGAUCAAAGAAGACUUGGUCAAGACCGUGUUGGGUUCCAUUAGAGUCAAGGCAGAUGUCGUGUCCAAGGAUGAGAAGGAAUCCAGUUUAAGAAAUCUUCUUAAUUUUGGCCAUACCAUCGGCCAUGCUAUUGAGGCCAUUGUCACUCCACAGGCACUCCAUGGUGAGUGUGUUUCUAUUGGUAUGGUCCUUGAGGCUGAAUUGUCCAGAUACUGGGGUAUUUUGAGCCCGGUUGGUGUUGCCAGACUCGUGAAGUGCCUCAAUGCUUAUAACCUUCCCACAUCGAUCAACGACAAAACCUUCCUUCUGAACGUUGGUUUCAAGAGGCACUUUGUUGUUAUUGACAGCUUAUUGAAAAAGAUGGCUGUGGACAAAAAGAACGAUGGUUCUAAGAUCAGAACUGUGAUUCUCGAGGCCAUUGGUAAAUGCUACCAGUGGAAGGCCCACGAGGUCUCCCAGCAGGAUCUCAGGUUUGUCCUUACAGAUGAGACUUUGGUUCUGCCAUUCAGCGAAUCAGCUACCCCAUCCACCAAUACAGUGAUUCCACCAGGCUCCAAGUCCAUCUCCAAUAGAGCUUUGAUCUUGGCCGCCCUCGGUUCAGGAACUGUCAAAAUCAAGAACCUCUUACAUUCCGACGACACGAAACAUAUGUUGGCUGCCGUUGCAGCUUUGAAGGGUGCCGAAAUCUCGACGGAAGACAACGGUGAAACUAUCGUUGUCACCGGUAACGGUGGCAGCAUGAUCACCUGUGAUGACCAAAUCUACUUGGGUAACGCCGGUACAGCCUCUCGUUUCUUGACCACCGUUGCCUCUCUCGUCCAGAUCAACAAACAGUCAAACGACUACACUGUCUUGACUGGUAAUGCUAGAAUGCAAGAGAGACCCAUUGGUCCUUUGGUGGAUGCUUUGAGGAGUAAUGGCUCUGAGGUGGAAUACUUGAACAGCCAGGGCUCCUUGCCUUUGAAGAUCACCGCUGGCAAAGGAUUGAAAGGUGGUAGAAUCGAGCUCGGUGCCACUAUCUCCUCUCAAUACGUCUCUUCUAUCUUGAUGUGCGCUCCAUAUGCCCAGGAAGAGGUUACUUUAGCCCUCGUUGGAGGUAAGCCAAUUUCCCAGUUGUACAUCGACAUGACCAUUUCCAUGAUGAAGGCUUUUGGUAUUGAAGUUACCAAGUCCACGACGGAAGAGUACACCUACCAUAUUCCAAAGGGCUCCUACAAAAACCCUGAGGUCUAUGAGAUCGAGUCUGAUGCAUCUUCAGCUACAUACCCCUUGGCUUUCGCCGCCAUGACCGGCACUUCUUGCACUGUGCCUAACAUCGGCUCUUCUUCUCUACAGGGCGAUGCCAGAUUUGCUGUUGAUGUGUUGAAGCCAAUGGGAUGCACUGUAGAACAAACUGCCACUUCUACUACUGUUCAAGGUCCUUCUAGAGGAUCUCUCAAGCCAUUGAAGCAUGUUGAUAUGGAGCCAAUGACUGACGCUUUCCUUACAGCUUCUGUUGUUGCUGCCAUUGCAAAUGACUCGACACCCACCCAAAUCACCGGUAUUGCUAACCAGAGGGUGAAGGAGUGUAACAGAAUUAAAGCCAUGGUGGAUGAACUUGCCAAGUUUGGUGUCACUGCUAACGAGCUUCCAGAUGGUAUUGAAAUUCACGGCAUUGACUACAGAAAGUUGAAGGUUCCUUCUGCUACCCAAGGCGGUGUCAAGACUUAUGAUGACCACAGAGUCGCCAUGUCUUUCUCCUUGUUGGCUGGUAUGUGCCCUGAGCCCGUUCUCAUCACAGAGAGAUCUUGUACUGGUAAGACAUGGCCUGGAUGGUGGGACAUCUUGCACACCAAGUUUGGUGCUGAACUUGAUGGAUUUGAGCCACCCAAGGAUUUGAACGAUGUGAGUCUUUUGGCCAAUGCUAGAAAGAACGGUGACAAGUCCAUUGUUGUCAUUGGAAUGAGAGCUGCUGGUAAGUCUACUGUGAGUCGCUGGAUGGCCAACUUGCUCGGUUUCAAGCUCAUCGAUGCUGAUGAUGCCUUUGAGGAGCAGCAUGGCGAUAUCAGAGAGUUCAUCAAGAAGGAGGGCUGGGAGAAGUUCCGUGAAAUUGAGUCCACGAUUUUCAAGCAGAUUGUCACCGAGAAGUCAACCGGCUACAUCAUCUCCACUGGUGGCGGAAUCGUCGAAGGCGAAGAAUCGAGAACGCUUCUCAAGAACUACGCCAAGUCUGGAAUUGUUCUUCACUUGCACCGUGACUUGGACGAGACCAUCAUCUUCUUGAACUCGGACGCUACAAGACCAGCAUACAUCAGCGAGAUCAAGGAGGUUUGGCAGAGAAGAGAAAAGUGGUACCACGAAUGCUCAAACUUCCUCUUCUACUCUGCUCAUUGCUCCACCGAUAAUGAGUUCAAGAAGUUGAGGCAGUCGUUCUCAAACUUCAUCAAAACCAUCACCGGCCUCGAGGUUACCAGGGUUCCAACAACAAGAUCUUACGCUGUUGGUCUCACGCAUGAAAACUUGGAGGAUAUUGCUGAGGACUUGGAAGACAUCACUGCAGCCUCCUCUGCUGUCGAAUUGAGAGUUGAUCUCUUGAAGGAGCACACCUCCACCUACGUUGCUGAGCAAGUGGCUAUUCUCAGAAAAUACGUCAACUUGCCUAUCAUCUUCACUGUGCGUACCAAGAGCCAAGGUGGUGCUUUCCCUGAUGAGGACAUCGAGAAGUACCAGGACUUGACGGGAUUGGCCAUCAAAUUGGGUGUUGAGUACUUGGAUCUCCAGUUGAAUAUUCCGGUGAAGAUUACCAAGCAGAUUUUCGGUAAGAAGGGCUUCACCAAGAUUAUCGCCUCCUACGUUGACUUGAAGGGGGAGCAUAAGUGGAGUGACCCUGCUUGGGACAACAGAUACAAUGCUGCUUUCAGUUUGAACGCUGAUGUGAUCAAGUUGGUUGGCACUGCCACUGAUUUCCAAGAGAACAUCGACGUUGAAAACUUCAAGACUGCUCACCAGAGCACUCCACUCAUUGCAUACAACCACGGUGAGGAAGGUAAGUUGUCGAAGGUAUUGAACAAGGUCUUCACGCCGAUCACUAGCGAACUCUUGCCUGGAAUUCCGUCAGACGGAGAAGUCACUCUUGCCGAGAUCAACAGCUCACUCAGCCAGAUUGGUAUCUUGACUAAGAAGCAGUUCAACGUUGUGGGCUCUCCUAUCGAGCACUCUCGUUCGCCAGAUCUCCACGGCUCUGCCUACCAGGAAUUGAACUUACCGUUUAAAUUUGGCCGUUUCGAAAGCAGUAACGCUGAAGAGGUCUACAAGGAGUUGAUCUCGAAGCCUGAUUUUGGAGGUUUGGCUGUCACCAUGCCUUUGAAGCUCGAUAUCAUGAAGUACACCGACGAGCUCUCGGACGCUGCCAAGCUUAUUGGUGCAGUCAACACUGUGGUUCCCCUUAAGGGUCAGCCCGGUAAGUUCUUGGGUGACAAUACGGAUUGGUACGGUAUCACCAAGGCUUUCACCAGAAACGGUGUGCCUGCUAUUGAGCACGCUUCAGUGAACGGUUUGGUUAUUGGCGGUGGUGGCACUGCCAGAGCCGCCGCUUAUGCCUUGCACCAAAUUGGCUGCUCUAAAAUCUACAUGAUCAACCGUACGGCUUCUAAACUCUACGAGAUUAGAGACCAGUUGCCUCAGAAUUUCAACAUUGAAAUCUUAGAAUCCAAGGAGCAAGUCGAAGCAGCAGAGCCCGUCUCUCUUGCCGUGUCUUGUGUAGCUGCAGACAAGCCUCUUGACGAGAAUCUCCUCAACAGCGUUGAGAGUUUGCUCCACCGUGGGGCUCUGGCCAAGAAAGGUGGCUUCAACCCCACGCUUCUCGACGCUGUGUACAAACCACGUGUUACACCAAUGAUGAAGAUCGCCCAGGACAAGUACCAGUGGACAGUUGUUCCUGGUGUGGAGAUGUUGGUGAACCAAGGAGAGAGGCAGUUUGAGGUCCACACGGGGCUCACCCCUCCGUACAAGGUUAUCUACAAUGCUGUUGUGCGCGAGUAA